GAGCCGGCCGCACGCGGAGGAGCCGAAGAAGCUGCUCUGUUGCGACAGAGGCCGAGCGGCGAGGCCCAGCUCCCUGAAAGAACAGUAACCCACCCCUGUGGCACAUUAUCACCAUGCCCUCUGACCUGGCCAAGAAGAAGGCAGCCAAAAAGAAGGAAGCUGCCAAAGCUCGACAGCGGCCCAGAAAGGGGCACGAAGAAAACGGGGAUGCUGUUACAGAACCACAAGUGGCAGAGGAGAAAAAUGAGGAGGCCAAUGGCAGAGAGACAACAGAAGUGGAUUUGCUGACCAAGGAGCUAGAGGACUUUGAGAUGAAGAAGGCUGCUGCUCGAGCUGUCACUGGUGUUCUAGCCUCUCACCCCAACAGUACUGAUGUCCACAUUAUCAACCUCUCACUCACCUUUCAUGGUCAAGAGCUGCUUAGUGACACCAAACUGGAAUUAAACUCAGGCCGUCGCUAUGGUCUUAUUGGCUUAAAUGGAAUUGGAAAGUCCAUGCUGCUCUCUGCUAUUGGGAAACGUGAAGUGCCCAUCCCUGAGCACAUUGACAUCUACCAUCUGACUCGAGAGAUGCCCCCUAGUGACAAGACACCCUUGCAGUGUGUGAUGGAAGUUGACACAGAAAGGGCCAUGCUGGAGAAGGAGGCUGAGCGGCUGGCUCAUGAGGAUGCGGAGUGUGAGAAACUAAUGGAACUAUAUGAACGCCUGGAGGAGCUGGAUGCUGACAAGGCAGAGAUGAGGGCUUCACGGAUCUUGCACGGACUGGGUUUCACACCUACCAUGCAGCGCAAGAAGCUAAAAGACUUCAGUGGGGGCUGGAGGAUGAGGGUUGCCCUUGCCAGAGCCCUCUUUAUUCGACCCUUCAUGCUGCUCCUGGACGAGCCCACCAACCACUUGGACCUAGAUGCUUGUGUGUGGUUGGAAGAAGAGCUCAAGACUUUUAAGCGCAUCUUGGUCCUCGUCUCCCAUUCCCAAGAUUUUCUGAAUGGUGUCUGUACCAACAUCAUUCACAUGCACAACAGGAAACUGAAAUAUUAUACGGGUAAUUAUGAUCAGUAUGUGAAGACGCGACUGGAGCUGGAGGAGAACCAGAUGAAGAGGUUUCACUGGGAGCAAGAUCAGAUAGCUCACAUGAAGAACUACAUUGCUAGGUUUGGUCAUGGCAGUGCCAAGCUGGCUCGGCAGGCCCAGAGCAAGGAAAAGACGCUACAGAAAAUGAUGGCAUCAGGACUGACAGAGAGGGUUGUGAGCGACAAGACAUUGUCAUUUUAUUUCCCACCAUGUGGCAAGAUCCCUCCACCCGUCAUUAUGGUGCAAAAUGUGAGCUUCAAGUAUACAAAAGAUGGGCCUUGCAUCUACAACAAUCUAGAAUUUGGUAUUGACCUUGAUACACGAGUGGCUCUCGUAGGGCCUAAUGGAGCAGGAAAAUCAACUCUUUUGAAGCUGCUAACUGGAGAGCUACUGCCCACAGACGGGAUGAUCCGAAAACACUCUCAUGUCAAGAUAGGGCGUUACCAUCAGCAUUUACAAGAGCAGCUGGACUUAGAUCUCUCACCUUUGGAGUACAUGAUGAAGUGCUACCCUGAGAUCAAGGAGAAGGAAGAAAUGAGGAAGAUCAUUGGGCGAUAUGGUCUCACUGGAAAACAGCAGGUGAGCCCAAUCCGGAACCUGUCAGAUGGGCAGAAGUGCCGAGUAUGUUUAGCCUGGCUGGCCUGGCAAAACCCCCACAUGCUCUUCCUGGACGAGCCCACCAAUCACCUGGAUAUUGAGACCAUUGAUGCACUGGCAGAUGCCAUCAAUGAGUUUGAGGGUGGCAUGAUGCUAGUCAGCCAUGAUUUCAGGCUCAUUCAGCAGGUUGCACAAGAAAUUUGGGUCUGUGAGAAGCAGACAAUCACCAAGUGGCCUGGAGACAUCCUGGCUUACAAAGAGCACCUCAAGUCCAAGCUGGUUGAUGAGGAGCCCCAGCUCACCAAGAGGACCCACAACGUGUGAGCCCUCUGCCCAGGCUUGGGUCAGGAGCUCCAUCUGGGGACUAACAGCUGCUACCCUGACCAGCCACCAGGACAGGACCCUGGGGCUACACUCCUGCAUUGCUGCAAUAUUGCUCCCCCAUAGCCUCUCCCCUGCCUGCCUCAACCUGCCUUAGCUGCACUCUGUUAUCUUAUCUACAGCUGGACAGUACCUGUCUGUUUCUUAUCCUACUUCCAGUUACUUUUGUCCAUGUCUGGACUCAGUUGACCGUUCCCUCCAGUCCCUUGCUGGUUACCUUACCUGGAUAGUGAUGCAGCCAGAGGCACCUGAGGGUUAGCCCAAGGGCCCGAGCCCUGGAUCUGGCCCGUGAAGGAGCUUAGGAUCCUCGUUUUCUGGUUUUUGGUGAUGUUGGAGGAAUACCCCCAGCCCCACCAGCCCCAUUCCUUUCUGCUUCUGGUUUGGAGCUCUGAAUCAGGGUGUUAGGCCUGGUCAGUUUUUAAAUAAUUAUUUAACAGUGUAAUUUCUAGACCUGCGUGACAUCUACAAAGUGUCCAAUAAAGAAAGAAGAAGCCAUGGUCCCUACCUUCGUUCUCAGCUCUCAGGGGCAUUCAUUCCGCUCCUUGCAGUGCCAACAUUCACCUUCCCCUCAGCAAGAGCUGGGGCAGGAGUCAGUGGGAUGUGUGUGGGCUGUAGGAGCUGGAAGAGAAAACUGGAUUUGGGGGAGGAAGUGCCUAGUGUUGCCAGAACUUUCUCCUACUUCUCCUGAGUAGAAAUUGUGCAUUUUCUUAAGCCAAUGGUUCACAAACUUUAGUGUCUGUCAGCAUCAUCUGGAGGGCUUGUUAGAUCACUGAUUGCUAUGUCUUGCAUUGGUUUCUGGUUCAGUAGGUCUGGGGUGAGGCCAAGAACAAACAUUGCUACGAUUCUCAGUUGAUGCUGAUGCUGCUGGGGUGGCUGGGGGGAUGACACACACCUUGAGAAUCACUAUCCUGAAGUUUUUCAGUGUGAUCUAGCCUCUCCUGCCUCAUGAUAAUUGGGACACUUGGUAGAAAUUUGCGUUGCUGGGCUCCAGACCUGUUGAUUCCAUCUGAUGGGAGUGAGAGGUACAGAAAUGGCCAGGGUUCUGUGUUUUUAUACUGAAGUUUGCAAACCACUGUUCUUGAUGGAAUAUAGAAGUUUUAUCAUUUUA